AUGGAAUACCAGAUAUUGAAUACAUCUACCUGUCUGCUGGUCCUUCUGUUUUUCAUACCCACUGUUUUGGGUGUCUGUCCUUCUAACUGUACAUGCUCAGGAAACGACAGGAAUGUGGACUGUUCAGGCAGAAACUUAACUAUACUGCCACAUGGACUUCAAGACAACAUUACGUAUUUAAAUCUGUCCUUUAACCAGUUUGUAGAUCUCGAUCAUCAGCUAACGAGAUUCACCAACUUGAGGACCCUUGAUAUUUCGAAUAAUUGGCUCAAGAAUGUUCCUGCUCAUCUGCCCAAGUCCUUAUGGGAAUUAUAUGCCACAAACAACAACAUUAAAGUUCUUCAGAAACUUGAUACAGCUUACCAGUGGAAUCUUAAAGUGCUCGAUGUUUCCAGGAACAUGGUGGAAAGAGCUGUUCUGAUCAACAACACACUGAGCAGUCUCAAGUUUCUCAAUCUCAGUAGCAACAAACUUUGGACAGUUCCAACCAAUAUGCCCUACAACAUAGAGACGGUGGAUCUAUCCAAUAACUUCUUGUCCCAGAUACUUCCAGGAACACUGGUGAGACUACAACACCUUACAAGCCUCUACCUGCACAACAACAAGUUCACAUACAUUCCUGACAAAGCUUUUGACCAGCUCUUUCAGCUGCAAGCAGUAACGCUAUACAACAACCCGUGGUCCUGCAGCGACAAACAAAAUAUCCCUUAUUUGCUUAAAUGGGUGCAGGGAACAGCUGCCAGUGUUAUAGGGGCUCCCUGUGCUAAUCAAUCUGUGCUUUGGAUGAAUGCCACACCAACUUCAGCGGCUCCCACAGCUAUAGACUCCAGCCUCAUGAUUAAAGGAAUGAAGGCAGCAGACAAAGCUACUUCUCCAGUGACAACUGAACCAACCAAAAUGACAAAAAUGCAUAAACAAUUAAAAGCUAAGGAAGUUACUACCUUGGCGACCUUAAGCCAAACUGUACUGUUUACGAGCACAGACCGACCACUACUCCUCUAUCCAGAAGAUCUGACAACUAGGAAGGUUAGUUCUCAAGAAGCAGCAGCCACACACACAAUCUACAUCAAAGAUUCAACCGAGGUGAACUCAAGCCUGACUCGUUCCACAGGAUCGCCCACUACUCCUAUGACUUUAAGUAUCACCAGUGGAAUGCCAACAAACUACUCCAAAAUGCCUCAAAGCACAACUGCUACCUUAAGGAAAGAGGAAUCCACUACAAAUAUUUUGAAUACUCAUGUGCCCUCCAAAGCAAGUAUCUGUGAGAUAUAUUUGUUUUAUGUUGUAAUGCUUAAUGCAAUGUUUAUUGGCUAA